GUGGGCCGCCUGGGCCUCGUGGACUACGACGUCGUGGAAAUGAGCAACCUGGCCCGCCAAGUGCUGCAUGGCGAGACGCUCGCCGGCCAGGCCAAGGCCUUCUCGGCCGCCGCCGCGCUGCGCGGCCUCAACUCGGCGGUGGAGUGCGUGCCCUACGCCCAGGCGCUCACGCCCACCACGGCGCUGGACCUGGUCCGCCGCUACGACGUGGUGGCCGACUGCUCGGACAACGUGCCCACGCGCUACCUGGUCAACGACGCGUGUGUGCUGGCGGGCCGGCCCCUCGUGUCGGCCAGCGCGCUGCGCUUCGAGGGCCAGGUCACAGUCUACCACUAUGACGGUGGGCCGUGCUAUCGCUGCGUGUUCCCCCGGCCGCCCCCAGCGGAGACCGUAACCAACUGUGCGGAUGGCGGGGUGCUGGGGGUGGUGACCGGGGUCCUGGGUUGCCUGCAGGCGCUGGAAGUAUUGAAGAUCGCUGCAGGCCUGGGCCCCUCCUACAGUGGCAGCUUGCUGCUCUUCGAUGCCCUGAGGGGCCAUUUCCGCUCUAUUCGGCUGCGCAACCGCAGGCCUGACUGUGCCGCUUGCGGGGAACAGCCCACGGUGACUGACCUGCAGGACUACGAGGCCUUCUGCGGCUCCUCGGCCACCGAUAAGUGCCGCCCCCUGCAGUUACUGCGUCCAGAGGAGCGAGUGUCCGUCACUGACUAUAAGCGACUCCUGGAUUCUGGGUCUCCCCACGUGCUGCUGGACGUCAGACCUCAAGUGGAAGUGGACAUCUGUCAUUUGCCUCAUGCCUUGCACAUCCCUUUGAAACAUUUGGAACGGAGGGAUGCGGAGAGCCUGAAAGUCUUAGGAGAAACACUCCGGGAAGGAAAGCAGGGCUUGCAGGAAGGGGCAGCGCUCCCCAUUUAUGUGAUUUGCAAACUGGGCAAUGACUCCCAGAAAGCCGUGAAGGUCCUGCAGUCCUUGGCAGCAGCCCAAGAGUUAGACUGCCUCACAGUUCAGGACGUUGUGGGGGGCCUCAUGGCCUGGGCUGUCAAAGUGGAUGGGUCAUUUCCACAGUACUGAGGUGACAUAUGCCCUGAGAGUGAUGUGGAUUGAAUGCGCGUUACCCUAAAGAUAACAUUGUUUUCCUUCCCGGCUGUAAUGUGCCCGAGUGCCCGGGAGUCUGCAGUACCUGUGAGCCGCAGACUCUUGGACGCUUGGACUUCUGCGUGGUCAUUUAUUGUAUGGCUUAGUUAUUAACCACCCAUUGGCCGUUAGUUAAUGCACUGUUUCUGAGCCUUUCGGCUGUUGGAAGGUGUCUUGAAAAGUGGAUGCAGUUUGUAAGUGGCAGGAUUUUGUGUUUUGAACUGCAGACGAUUUGCCUGUCCUGCCCCCCUCUCCCCUCUCCCCCAACCACAAACUAUAUUCUCGGCCUGAAAAGGUGUAAUAAACUUAGUGUUACUGGGUCAGUCACAGAUGAGACACUGAAGGUUAGUUAUUGUUUACCAGGAUAUUUUGGGGGUCCUAUUUCUAGUACAAGUGGUAGAAUGUGUCCUUCUGAAAUCAGUGUUUAAAAUUAAGUUGUUUAGUUAUCUGAAAAGUAGUCAUUCUACUAAAUAUUUUGGAUUAUGUCCAAGAGAGAUAUUUAGUUUAGCAAAGGAAACCACCUUUAGUCUGUCCUUUCUCUUAAAAAUUGUUGGUUUUUCAGUGUUUCCACACAUGUAACAUCGUCUAAAUUGUAUACUGUUUCAACUUUGAAACUUCCAAAUCUAAGCCCCAAUCUUCCUCCUCCUCUUUGAUGAAAACCACCCUGUGUCUGGAUAAUUGCACAAUGGAAGGAGCUGGUACUUUGGAGAGAACAGACGGGUCCUGCACUUGGCUUGCUGACUAGUGGGGUCCCCUCUCAUUCAGUGCUGAGUGUGGGGCUGCAGCCAAAAGCAGCUCUAGGAUUUUGUUGACAUCUGUAUUUUGUGUUUUUCAUUUGUAUCGUAUGUGUAGGUGAAUCAGCUUAGGUGGUUAAAGCUCCAAAGAAACUUUUUUAAAAAGAUUUAUUUAUUUAUGCAUAUAGAACUGGGGUACAGGCCAGAGGUG